AUGCGUCUUUGGCAAUUCUCCUUCAACGCACUUCCUGAAUUACCUGAAAUUCUGACUCGCGGUCGGGAGCGGGAGCUACUGACCUGGUUCUUUAAUUUGAAGACGGUUCAAAAGGAUGGUUUACCGAAAGAUCAAUUCGAACGCUAUAUCCAAGCCUAUUCAAGACCAGGAGCGAUGAGUCGGGGGUUCGAGUAUUAUCGAGCUUUUGAAACCAGUGCGAAACAGAAUCUGGAAUAUGCCAAAACACCACUCGAUAUCCCUGUCUUAGCUUUAGGUGGGGCCAGCUCCGUCGGUUCGGAUAUGAUUCGCUUGGUCCAGAACUUCGCGGCCAAAGUUUCCGGGGGCGCUAUUGAUGACUGUGGGCACUUUCUCCCCGAAGAGCAACCAGCUGCGGUCGCGCACAGACUGCUGGAGUUUUUGGGGGCAAAUCCAACAUAG